AGCCAUUGUGCGUCUUCAAAAUACAUAAGUGAACAAAGGAAGGCAAGUGAGCAGAAAGGAUUAUCAGCGGUCACUAAGGUUAUAGCCUAAACUAUAUUUGUCUGAACGCCUGUUAGAAUCAUUUGCAGGAACUUGAAUGUCAGAGUUUUGCUGUGUGGUUUGGAACAUUCGAUGCAGUUAUUAAGCCUGCUUUCCAAUGCAUUAACAAACCUUUUGCAGGCUGUGCUGAAGAACCUCACAGAGAAUUCUCCUGAAGCAGAAAAAUAUAACCACAAGAAUUUUUUGUGUCUUUUCGAAGGGACACUCAACUGUAUGCUACCAUUGGUGAAAACUGAUUCAGUCUUUUGACCUUAUUCUAAGGUAAACCUCUUUGACUGUGCUUCUUUCCUUGGCGUUGCAAAAUUCUGAUUUUCUUUGACCUGUAUUAAAGACCACAAUGAAUACACCGCCUAGGAAGAACUCUAGUACUUUGGUCCAUUCUCUGGCCAAAGUUUUUGACUCUAAUGCCAUUCAGAGCCAAGGGCCUCCUGUGAUAACGGGACCUUCAAGACGAUUUUCUGAUAAUAAUCGGAACACCUCUGGAGAUGCUUUCAAUGUAAUGGAUGUGAAGCUGGAGUCUUUAAGCCAAACUGUCGAUAAAUUAUUGGGCAUCCAGGAAAAAGUCAUUCAGAAGUUGGAUGGCAUAACUCAAGAUGUUGAUAAGAUUGGCCAAAAGGUGGAAAUGCUGUCGACUGACAAGGAAGAAAUGAAAAAGCUCACCAGCCGUAAAGAAGAUGAAAAUAAAAAUGCGAAUGUUUCUGUCGACAUUUCCGAUAUGUUGUCAAUGCUGAAUAAUAGUUCAAAGGAGCAGACGAAGAAGAUAGAUAGAAUUGAAAAUGUGCUCCUUGGAGUACAGCAAGUCAUAAGCUAUCUAGGAGAGACGUUUAAAAAUUCCAAAAUCGCUGAGUUUAUUCUCAAAGGCCAAUUCACAUCAAGACAGCGAGGUACAGCUGGCAGUGAUCAACAGACUUUUAAAAAGAGAAUCACCUCUGAAAAAUUGGUAUUGAGAAGGAGGAAGGAGAAGGUGAAAGAUCAGCGGUCCGGUGAUGUGAAAGGGAAGCAAAAUUCUAAUGUUAAAGAAAUAAAAUCCCAUCAGAAGAAGAAACCUCCAGAUUCUACAGAGCCAUCAACUCAAAAGGAUCUAGACAUCUUUGGUGAUCAAAAGAUCCAGAAUUCAAAUCAAGAAAAUGUUAGCAACUCAAGUGCCUUUGAGGAUCAGGACAAUGUCAAAGACCCAGCCGAGCACAACAAUAUAACAAAAUUACAAGGAGAGUCAUUUGAAGAAGAUGUUGGAGUCUUUGAACCUCAGCCUUCCAGAUUGACAAAGGGCACCUCCUCAGCUAUUGUCCCAGAGUUUGCUGAAGCCAUUUUAGACAUUUACGUCAGCGAUGAAAAGAAGAAAGAUGUUGCUAUAAAGGAACAAAGUGUCAUAAAGCCUGGGGAGACUUUGACCACUGUGAAGAACCAAUCAAGCAUCAAUGGGAAAAAUGAUAAAAGAACAGAAAAAAAUGUUAUGCAUGAAAAAAUAAGGGAUAAUAGGAUCCUGGAAAAAUUGCAAGAAAAGGAGAAUGAUGUAAAAGUUGACAAAGACUUAACGACUGAACCAGCGUCUGAAGGAGGAAAGGAAGAAUUAAUAGGCGAAGAAAAUAAAGAAACAGAAAAAAUUGAUGUAAAAAUUGAUGAAAGCAAUGAAGUAGUCGAGGACACCAGCCUUGAAAGCAGAGACUCAGAGCUUACUAUUACUGAGGGAUCCAAAGAGAAAGUCAUAGCGUCACAGGUAGAAGAAUCUGAAGAUCAGCAUACUGUUUGUCAUGGCAAGAACUGCACAGUUUUGCUAAACAGAUAUGAAGAUAGUGAAAGAGAAGCUGAAGCCUUAUUAGCAGCUGCAGCAGAACCCGAGGAAGGAACAUCACAGAAUGCUGAACAACAUGAAGUCAAAGAUCUGAGCACUGCCAAUAAAAGAAGAGUGACUGGGGAAGAUUCACUUAAAGAUGACAACAAAAAGAGCAGAGUAGAGGAAAAAGGCCAGAGCCAGGAAAGCACAUCUGAACCCACCUCGUGUCAGAGCAGUACCACAUCCAAUGCUAGCCAGAAGGAAAAUAAUCAGGAAACCAAAGAGCAGAAUCCACACAUUGUGAUUGAUGAUGGCCCUGCUCCACCUGCUCCAUUUGAACAUCGGAUUGUCUCAGCAAACAUGGCACAAAUCAGCAAAUACUACACAAUAGACAAAUCGGAAAUCCUUGGAGGAGGACGGUUUGGACAAGUGCACAAAUGUGUAGAAAAAUCUACAGGUCUUACCUUAGCAGCCAAAAUUAUUAAAACCAGAAUAGCAAAGCAGAAGGAGGAAGUAAAGAAUGAGAUCCAAGUCAUGAAUCAGUUGAAUCACACAAACCUCAUUCAACUGUACGAUGCUUUCGAAUCAAAGAAUGAUAUCAUUCUGGUCAUGGAAUAUAUUGAUGGGGGGGAGCUAUUUGACAGGAUCAUAGACGAAAGCUACAAUUUAACAGAAAUGGACACAAUCCUAUUUGUUAGACAGAUUUGUGAAGGACUUCAAUACAUGCAUCAGAGGUAUAUCCUUCAUCUGGAUCUGAAGCCUGAGAAUAUUUUGUGUGUCAACCGGGAAGCUAACCAAGUAAAGAUAAUCGACUUUGGCUUGGCAAGAAGAUACAAGCCAAGAGAAAAAUUAAAAAUACAUUUUGGAACUCCAGAAUUCCUUGCUCCUGAAGUUGUGAAUUACGACUUUGUUUCAUUUCCUACAGAUAUGUGGAGCCUCGGGGUUAUUACCUAUAUGUUGCUAAGUGGGCUUUCUCCAUUCCUUGGAGAAGAUGAUAAUGAAACCCUCAAUAACAUUAUUGCGUGUGAAUGGGACCUGAAUGAUGCAGAAUUUGAAAAUGUUUCUGAAGAUGCCAAAGAAUUCAUAUCAAAACUUCUCAUCAAAGAAAAGGGUGCAAGAAUCAGUGCCACCCAGUGCCUCAAACAACCCUGGCUAAAUAACAUAGCAGAGAAAGCUAAACAAUGUAAGGUUCGUCUCAAGUCCCAGAUCCUUCUUCAGAAAUACAUGGUGCGACGGCUGUGGAAGAAGAACUAUUAUGCAGUAACUGCUGCAAACCGUUUGAAGAAACUCAAUUCUGGGACUUUGGCCUCCACUGAAGUAUGAGCAUCUGCUAACUGGACCAAUGACCAACUGCACUUCUCCUUACAGGAGAGCAGCACACAGGAUCUUCCUCACAGCCUCACCAAAAUGCCUUCAUUUACUCUUCUACUCUAAUGUAAUCUGGUUCUGGUUUAGAAACCCAUGCUUGGGCAACAAUUCAUAAAAAUGUAUGGGUA